AUGCCGCGGGAAUGUAGAGACAGAAAGACACAGCACAUUUCCACAUUCAACAACCAACAAACGUUCGAGACUUCAGAAAAAGAAGAAGUCCAGUAUACAGAGGAUGUACAUCAAGCUAGUAAAAUAACCACCACGGAUGACACAGAGAAAGCAGGAGGCGAUCUCUCGGUUCGGUCGUUUGAAGGAACACCGGAGGAACGGGCCUAUGUCCGAAAACUGAACUACUUUAUCAUGCCGCUGGUCGGUGGAAUCAUUUUCGUACAGUUUUGUGAUAAAGCAGCCCUCAGUGUCGCACCUGUAUUGGGACUGAAUGCAGAUUUGCAGCUCACAGGAACACAAUUUUCGGUUCUGGGCUCUAUGUUUUAUUUGGGGCAUUUGAUCUACCAGAUACCCAAUCAAUUCAUUCUCCAACGCGUACCUCAUGCCAAAUAUCUUUCAGUAUUACUCUUAUUCUGGGGUGUGGUAAUGGCCCUUACAGGAGCAUGUCAAACUUUCGGCCAAGUCGCAGCCAUGCGUUUUCUCCUUGGUUUAUUCGAAGCUGCUGCUAUGCCAACAUUAUAUAUGAUCACUGCCACGCUUUAUCGUCGAACGGAGCAACCAGUGCUAUUUGGUUAUAUCACCCUGUGCAAUGGUGUAGGCGCCGCUAUUGGCGCUUCGAUUUCAUACGGCUUCGCGCAUAUGAACAAUGCUCGUGGCAUUGAGAAUUGGAGAUGGGGUCAUAUUUGCUUUGGGUCCCUCACUGUCGCCUUGGGCGUUGUUUCUUGGUUUUGUUUGGUGGAUAAGCCAGAUCAUCCCCUCCUACGACUGACGGAAACGGAAAAACAAAUUGCCAAGGAUCGAACGCGUGAUAAUGCCGUUGUCAAAAACAAGAUCUUUAAAUACGAUCAGAUGUGGGAAGCAGUGAAAGAACCUCGGUAUUGGUAUAUCAUGAUUGGUGGUUUAUGUAUCAGUCUGCAGAACGGAGGUAUGCUUGUCUUCAGCACAACCUUUGUCCUUGGUUUAGGCUUUACCGGAGAGCAAUCCCUGCUACUACAGAUCCCGAGUGGUAUGGCAUCCGCGCUGGGAGUGUUUAUCGCAGUACUCUUAGCACAGAAGACGAAACAAAUGCUUUACAGUUCUAUGUUUAUGCUCUCCAUCGGUAUAAUUGGGCUGAUUAUCCUGUUAGCCAUUCCCGAUGGCGCAAUCAAGCUCCUUGGAUUUUAUCUCAGUUGGGCUGGCACUGGAUCGUAUGCGCUAGUUGUUACUAUCAUCGGUAACAACGUUAAAGGAUAUACGAAAAAGAUUUUUUACAACAGUUCUAUCAUGAUUGCCUAUACAGUCGGCAAUUUCUGUGGCCCAUUGAUGAUGGCGGACGUCCAAGCACCAAGAUAUCUCGGUGGUGUCGGAGGCUUCCUUGGCGGCUUCGCUGUUGCCUUCAUUUGUGUAUACUUGGUCCGUGUCCAAGGUGCUCGCGUCAAUAAUCAGCGUCUGGCUAACAAGUCAGGAGAGGAGACAGAUGUGUACUUAGAUCUUACGGAUAAAGAAGACAAGAACUUUAUCUAUCGGUUAUAGGUUACAUAUUAACCUACCCGCUACACGCAUCUCAACACAGCCAAAUGUAAUCAAUACAUACCAUACCAUUAUUGGGUAUAACACGCGAAGCGUUCAUUAUGUAUAACCUUUUGUUCUUCUUUUAAUAUCUUAAUGCUAUGAAAGCUCCCAAUUUAUGUAUAAAGUAUCUAUAAUAUGCCUGUACUACAUUUGUCUUCCUAUCCAGUCACGUGUGGGAUGGCCCACUAUAUUAGGGACCGCGCAACAUGCAUGAAAACACCGAGCUUCGCACGCUUUCUAUGAAGUAUGCAUUUGAUGGGGGUAGGCAUUUUACCUCUAACGAGUAGAAAGUACAUUUUUUAGAUAAAUAUCAAAUUCAGGCUAUGAAAGAAUCUAACUGCACGUCGACUUUGUUAAUAUUUCAC